AAGCCGAAGGGUCUCGAAGACAAGCUGAGCCUGUCGGGGCUGCUCAACGUGCUGGACGGCGUCAUCGACUGUCCGGGCCGCAUCGUCAUCAUGACGACGAACCACCCCGAGAAGCUCGACCCGGCACUCGUGCGUCCUGGUCGCGUCAACAAGAAGCUGCUGCUAGGACACAUGGGCCCCAAGCAAGUGCAGCAAAUGAUCGAGUACUACUGCGAC